AUUCUGACGUGUCGGAUAUCCUACAUUUAAUAGGAAACACGUGACAAACAAACAACUAAACGAGGAUAAGUACAAUCCGUUAUUUUGUUGAUUAAACAUAUUAAUUCAUUAAUUUAAAGUACUAUGAUAUCACCACACACAAUAAUUCCUAAAUGUGGUCAAACGCUUCGAGCUAAAGCUGUCGAGUGCAUGCUUGUUUAGCAUUAUUAGCUCUAUACAGUUUCUAUGUUCUAAUAAUGAAAAGUUUAAUUUUUAUAGUAAUCGUACGCACUUUGGUUUUAGCUUCAUGUGACGAACAAAACCCAUACCUAGAAGCCCUUCGUGACAAACCUUGGAAAAGCGUGCACAGGUAUGUCGAAGUGCGACCAGGCGCUUUUCUUUUCUACUGGUUUUAUUAUGCCGAUGGAACAACGAAUGGCGCUGAACAAAAACCCCUAAUAAUUUGGAUCCAGGGUGGCCCAGGAAAUACAGCUACUGGUAUCGGAAACUUUUGUGAAAUUGGUCCUUUAACAAUGGACAUGAAACCUAGAAAUCACACUUGGAUAAGAGGAAGAAACGUGUUAUUGGUAGAUCAUCCAGUAGGAACAGGAUUCAGUUACGCCUUGAACAAGUCUCUCUAUGUGAAAUCUGACCGAGAUGCAGCAAGAGACCUGUUACGUGCAAUAAAAGCAUUUUUAAAGAUUCACAAGGAAUUUCGUAAAACACCUACUUACAUUAUUGGCCAAAGCUAUGGGGGAAAGUUAAGUGCGAGGUUGGGGUUUUAUUUACAUUUGGCCAUUAAAAAUAAACAUUUAAAAAUGAACUUGAAAGGCAUUGGGAUCGGUAGUGGUUGGAUCGAUACUAAGGAAAGUUCUAUACAGCAACCCCGAUAUUUAUAUGACAUGGGUUUGAUAGACAUAAAAACUUACAACAAAGCUAUGGACAUAGCAAAAAACAUAAGCUAUCUUAUAAGCAUCAGACAACACGCUAAAGCAGCGGAAUAUGAUAACUUGAUGUUCCAGACCUUUAUAAAUGACACGAGUACAGACGUUAAUUUAGAAAAUAUCAAUAAGUUCAGUAACUAUUGGGCAUUAAACGACUUGUCUCUUAAAGUAAACUUAUACGUCAAACCAACGUUGGCUGUAAAUCAAUCUAUUAAUUGGAACUAUAUAUCAUAUUCCGCGUAUUAUGGUUUAAAGAAUGACUUUGUUUUGCCUGGUACCAAAUUUUUAGAAACUUUGCUGAACCGCACUAAGUUAAGAAUUGUGGUUUUUAAUGGAAAUCUGGAUGCAGUUACACCUCUUAGUGCCGCAACAAAUUGGGUACAUAACCUAAAAUGGUAUGGUGCAAAAAAAUUUAUGGAGUCGACAAGAAAACCUAUUCGUGGUCGUCGUAAUGGAUUUUAUAAAAGCUACGACAAUUUUAGUUUCUGGGCCGUAUUCGGCUCCGGACAUUGGGUUCCCGAAGACAAUCCUACUGCUAUGGAACAAAUACUAGAAUAUUUGACUAGUGCGUAAAUAGCAUUUUAUUAUUAUGACCCUUUAUAUAAAACUGGCUUUAAUAUUAAAACGAAAGUUUAUAGAAUGUGUAUAUAGAAAAUAUGUCUAUAUCUGUGCAAUAAAAUUACAAAAUUAAGGUUCAAUUGUGUAUUUCAUGAAAUUAAAUUAAUUAUAACAUUUUAUUUACAUAUAAUUAAUUAACAUUUAAUAGUUCUACAUUUUUACUUGAAGCACCACACUGCAAGAUUUUUUUU